CCAUGCACCCGCCAGCCGCACGCCUGCCGCCAGACCGUCCGAUUGGGCGGCCGAAGGUCGGUGAUUCGGCAGUUGGAGCAGCAGUCCUCCGGUAAGGACGAAACGAAACGUGGGCCCAACCUCUCCCCUCCCGCAAGAACUAACCCUUCGCUAACGACCCAACCCAACCAUCCCUCUCCUUUGAGCAGGGUCAGUAAGCUGACGUGGCUGACUUCGGUUGGUCGAUCCGCCAGCCAUUCGAGCACUAUAUUACCAUGCCCGACUUUUCGCACUUCUCGCCGCCAAGUGGCCCGUAGCGGAUCUUGGUUUGAAGGAAGGCCAGGCAAGCGGACGGAAGGAGCGGACAGGCAGGUAACGAUCAAGCAAGAAUGUUCUAUAUACGGAAAGGGGCGGGCAUGGGAGGCGGGAGGGAGAUGAUGGACAGGGAAUAACCUCAUUACGAAAAAUAAUUAAUCAAUCAGCUGAUUCAAUCAAUCAAUCCAUGGGGACUCGAUAUCAGUGUCAUUCAGCUGAUUAAUCGUGGGGCCACUCCGCAGGCCGCUGCCGCCGCUGCUGUAAGUGUUUUUGUUGUUCUUCCCGCCAGUUUUGUGUGAUUGGAGUCUCGACGACGACGGGGACCCACGCGCGGGCAGCUUGAUUGGAGGCAUAAAAAAUCAAUGGCGACGAAGAUGCACCGCGUGGCGUGGAUGGGAUACCGGGGGGGGAUGGCAAUGGUGCGCAAUGCGCGCAAUUCGCGCAAUUCGCGCAAUGCGCGCACGGAGGUGAUUGGGUGCCAGCAGGCGGCUCAGGACAAGUUCUUGAUGAGCAGUAGAAGUACAACGCCAUCAGCAAGCACUCCUAAACCUCCUCCUCCUCCCCCUCCUCCUCCUCCUCCUGCUUCUGCUUCUGCUCCUCCUCCUCCUCCUGGUUCUGCUUCUGCUCCUACUCCUCCGCCGCCGCCGCCUGCAUCUGAGAAAACGUCAUUUGGCGGGCUGAAGGAUGAAGACCGAAUCUUCACCAAUCUGUACGGCCAAGGCGAUCCUUUCCUUAAGGGCGCGGUGGCGCGCGGCGACUGGUAUCGAACUAAGGACCUCGUGCUCAAGGGUGCUGAUUGGAUCGUCAACGAGAUGAAGAAGUCGGGGUUGCGCGGGCGCGGGGGCGCGGGCUUCCCCUCGGGUCUCAAGUGGUCCUUCAUGCCCAAGGUCUCAGACGGGCGACCGUCUUACCUUGUGGUCAACGCGGACGAGAGCGAGCCGGGCACGUGCAAAGACCGCGAAAUUAUGCGUCACGACCCCCAUAAACUGCUAGAGGGGUGCUUAGUUGCGGGGGUGGGGAUGCGCGCGCAGACCGCCUACAUCUAUAUCCGCGGGGAAUACGUCAACGAGCGGCGCAAUCUACAGCGCGCGCUGACGGAAGCUUAUCAAGGGGGCUUUCUGGGGAAGAACGCCUGCGGGUCGGGGUACGACUUCGAUGUGCAUAUUCACUACGGCGCGGGCGCGUAUAUCUGCGGAGAGGAGACGGCGCUGCUCGAGAGCCUGGAGGGGAAGCAGGGGAAGCCCCGCCUGAAGCCGCCAUUUCCCGCCAACGUCGGGCUGUACGGAUGCCCCACGACGGUGACUAACGUCGAGACGGUCGCAGUGUCUCCGACCAUUCUCCGCCGCGGACCGGAAUGGUUCGCCGGGUUUGGGCGCAAGAACAACGCCGGCACCAAGCUCUUCUGCAUAUCUGGACAUGUCAACAAGCCUUGUACUGUGGAGGAGGAGAUGAGCAUCCCCCUCAGGGAGCUGAUCGAGCGCCAUGCAGGAGGCGUGCGGGGCGGGUGGGACAAUCUGCUCGGGGUAAUUCCGGGCGGAUCGUCGGUGCCAGUCCUUCCUAAGAACGUAUGCGAUGACGUCAUGAUGGACUAUGACGCGCUCAAGGCGGUGCAGUCGGGACUCGGGACAGCCGCCGUCAUGGUGAUGGAUAAAUCGACGGACAUCGUGGAUGCAAUCACGCGGCUGUCGUAUUUUUACAAGCACGAGAGUUGCGGUCAGUGCACGCCCUGCAGAGAAGGCACGGGAUGGUUAUGGAAUAUUCUCGAGAGGAUGAAGGUGGGUGAUGCUCAGCUUGAGGAAAUUGACAUGCUGCAAGAGGUCACGAAGCAGAUUGAGGGGCACACGAUCUGUGCACUGGGUGAUGCUGCUGCGUGGCCUGUUCAGGGGCUGAUUCGCCACUUCCGUCCAGAGUUGGAGAGGAGGAUUAUGGAGCGCAAGAAGCAGGACCGGUUGGCAGCAUGACCGACUGGAGAAGGAGAGGGUGAAGCUCUUGCUUGCUCGAGUGUCCUGAGGAGCAGGUUGCAGUGGAGGAUCGGCUGUCGGGCACUGCAGGCGAGGAUCUGCUGUUGGUCUGUCUUUGUGAUAAUCGUGUUGCACACCUAUGUUCCCGCUGUGUAUGUGUUGGUCGCUGCUGUGAGAUGGAAGUUCUGACAAACUGUUGCUCGCUAAGUUUGAAUUUGUGUUGCAAGCGUUGUAGGUAGGUAGGUGAUUUGUACCUCCUCCGCCCUUCCUUCGUCCUUCCUUCCAGAUACAAACAGGAUGUGGCUGAGCAGAAGAAAGUGGCGGUCCCAGUUGUCACGUCGCAUGUCGGAAUCGUUAACCGAUCUGGCGAGAAGUGAUCGGGCAUAUGUCUGGAUGGCGUUCACGGCUUUGUACAAGUUUGAUUGACAUUGUGUUACAUAUGUAAUCGUAGUGCCUCCGGUAGUCUUUUUAUCAUGUUCUGGCUGAGGAGUCAUGCGGGCUUUGAGGACGAACUGCUAGCUGGGACAACUGAUCUCUGAAGCAAAGCGUGAAAGUUAAAUUCGGACUGAAAAUUUGAAAUUGAAAUUGAUUGUGUUUUCACUGAGAAUCCAUGCUUUCUUGGCGAAGAGCGGGGCGAAGAGCAGACCUUUCUCAGGGGCGUGGAAUUGAUGUUGUGUUGUGGUUAUCUGCUGCGGUGGAAGACCCGUUCAGUCCUAUAGGCUAUAUAUAUUAUAUAGUGUCUCAAAGGAAUGGAAUUCGAUGAAUUAUGGUGGUGGUACAGAAAAUGUACUAUUUAGGUGUAUAGGGUGCGGGAGUGAGGUUGGAUUGGUGACGGAAUUUAGAACUCUAGACUUGGAUAGUAUUACUGUGGUUGUAUUAUGAAUCUGCUCGUUCGGUUACAAGCAGCAGUUCGUUGCUGUUCAUUAACUACAUCACAAUUUGAACAAUCUUCUGAGCAAGUUCAUGUCUGCCUUGCGAUGAUUGGGGAUGCGACAAGCAGGGAGAUCAGGAAUUGUGGGAUUGAUUGAGUGAGAGAGAGGGAAACUUACCUGUUGAUGUUGUCGACAUUCCGCGCUGCAGAGACGUCUUCAUGAAAGAUCUGUGCCUACAUGGCACUAUGCUGUGAUUAGAUAUCGUCACACUCGUUUCUGGGAUAUUGUUUGCUGAUGUGGAGGUGGGGAGACCCCCGAAGAAGAAGUGGAGAUUGAGGGAGAUCCAUCUACCUCCUCUUCGACGUGUUCUCCCUCCUGUCUACUUCGUCUUCUGGUUACGAGGCAUUGUAUUACAGAUCACAUCUCAUGAUUAUUGGAGACAUUAAUCACUGCUGAGACCUCUUGUAUUUCGACACUUGACGACUUUCUCUCCUCGUUGGGUUCAUUACAAUUUGGUAUCAGAGCUUACCUUCUUCGUCGCAAUCUGCUGUUGCACACCUUGACACGCCGAGGUAAGUAAAGGGGGGCGCGGCAUGAUGAUUGAAUCGCGUUUAUAGACACGCGCGAUUAUAAUCGCGAUCUGGACAUUGACACGUGCGCGCACACGUGACGAAGAUGAUGACGUGGACUUGAAGACGACGACAUUGCCAACGUGGUGCAUUGUUGCUGAGGUGACGAUUGAAGACCAGUGAAAAGCAUCGUCGGCUGCGGUGCUGACGUGGCGCUGGACGAUCGUGCACAGAGAGAGAGAGAGAGAGAGAGAGAGAGAGAGAGAGAGAGAGAGAGAGAGAGAGAGAGAGAGAGAGAGAGAGAGUGGGGGAAGGAGACUGCUGACAUGGCAUUGGGAACGUUGCCUACGUGGCAUGGCACGUGGGUGUUGACAUGGCAUCCAACAUUCAGCGGGGUAUUGUCUGACGUGGCGCUUACCUGUGUUGCAACUCAUCUGCUGACGUGGUACUUCCAUAUCCCAACGGUAUCUUCUAUUUGACGUGGCAUACCAAUGAUGAAUGGGUUGGCAGAUAGUGCGGUACUGAUGUGGCAUACCUUUUGACGGCCUUGCUGGCCAUUGACGCUGGCGUGGCAUUCUCCAUGGAGGUGCUGCAUUAGCCAGACUAGGGGUGACACGUGGCAGGAGGCGCGUGCUGCCAUUUCCUUGAAUAUUGGCGAGGGACCAACACUUGCACUUGGUGCACUGACGGGUGGUAUGGCACGAGAUUAUGCCGUAGUGCCACACAUCAGUCCUAGUGUCUAGCUGGAGUAUCUGCAGUGAAGACAGCAAGAGGCUGGGCAGCUAACACAUUGAUUUUUGUGUUGUUGUUGGUCGACUCUACUUACCUGUGGGCUGUUCUGUGGAUGCUUGCCACUUACCAAUUGUGUUGUUGUCUUGAUCACAUUGGCCAUGGCUGCGGUACCUGUACACUCUCAGAUACAAACGUCAUCAGAUAGAUAAAACAGCAGAAUUAGA